UUUUCAAAAAUAUUUCAUAUCUUGUUUUAAGUAAUUCACCUUGAACACAUAUACAGGUUAACCUGAGGCAUUACAUAUGUUAUUUAAUGUAAGAAAAUGUUUAAAGCUGUGUGUGUUGCUCUCUGUGUUGUGGUCUGUGUUGACAUAACAAAUAGUUCCUGUAUCUUUAGUGCGUAUUGUGAUUAUGGACAAGAUGAAAAUAUUGUUGACGAAUCUCAGAACUGCACAAAUAUUGAAGAAAAAACUUUUGAACAACUGCUUUCAAUGGACAAAGCUUACUUUAUCAGAGACCUUACAGUUUUUAAUUGUCUGGAGAAGUUAACGCCAGGAAGUUUUAAUAAUAUGGUCAAUCUGAAUGAACUGAACCUUGAGGACAAUGUUUUUGGCAAAAUACCCCUCAACUGCUUCAACAGUUCAAGUCUGGUGACACUGAAGAUGGCGGAAUGCAAGAUUGAAUCAAUCGAAGAAAAACUUGGUCACUUACCCAAGUUAUUGAGGUUAGUGUUAAAUAAUAAUAAACUGACAAAUUUCUCCUCAGAAGUUCUGAGCCAUCCCGAAAAUCUGCGAUAUUUGGAUUUAAAGUACAACGAACUGACGAUUUUGACUUACGAAAUGUUCAGCGGAUUAAAAAGACUGAACGUGCUGAAUCUUUCUUUCAAUAAAAUUAACCUCAUCGAACCAGAUUCAUUAGCUACUAUGCCACGAAUCAAUUCUUUAGGAUUGGCAGGAAACAACAUACAAACUCUAACAGGCAACGAACUUCCAAGACAAGGUUUUCAACAUUUAAAGGUGUUGUACCUGGGAAAGAACAGACUCAUGUUUCUACAUUCAUAUUUUUUGUCUAAACUGGGAACGAAUUUCGAUAUUGAAUUGGGCGAGAAUCCGUGGCACUGCCGAUGUCUAGACAUCAUGUUAAAAUAUUUGGAGGCGAGGAACAUUUCCGUAACUGAUUGGGACAAUAAACUAGCCGAGAGGAACGAUGUGCCCUAUUGCAUUUUACCUUCAGACACUGACUGCGACUACAAAUACAAAUUGCCUUUGGUGCAUAAAUAUCUUAACGAAAUUAACAUGAAAAAAGUUAGUUAUCAUCAUGCUGAUAGAUUGGUUCAUUCCUCAGGAUUUGUAGGCCCUACUACUAGAAUGAGGAGUUACAAUAAUAUACAUAUCGUUGGCUUAUAAUAAUUUUAAGAUUUUAUUAUGUUAUGUUCACUUAUAUUCCUUGUUAAUCUAUGAUUUAUAAUAAAGAUUCAAUAUUACCAGAUAAUAAAUAUUAAAUUUCUGUAUCACCUGUUCCUAACUAAUUGUAAGUAUAAUCUAAGAAAUCAACGAAAACUAAAAUACAUUAAUUGAAACAAAAGGGUAAAAUACGAUUAACAAUUAAUAUCAAUAAUUUUAACCUUCUAUUAUUUUCAUGUAUAAAAUUUUUUUAUGGAUCUGUAAAUAAAUAAUUAAUUUGUUUACCAUCUUUAAAUACUUCUCUCUUGUAAUUGACCUUGAAAAAAAUAUAUAUAUUAACCAUCUAACUGGGAUAUUGUUUUAUUUAAUGUACAAUAAUGUUUAAAGUUGGGAGUGUUGUUCUCUGUAUUAUCAUCUGUAUUCGUAUCACAAAUAGUUUCUGUACCUUUAGUGUGUUUUGUGACUAUGGAGCUGCUACUAAUGGAGAGAGCUGAUUUUAUCAGAGAUGUUUCAGUCACUAAUUGUAUGAAGGAGUUGACGCCAGGAAGUUUUAAUAAUAUCGUUAAUCUCAACGAAUUAUACUUUGAUGACAAUAAUUUUGAGAAUAUAUCCUCCAACAGCUUCAACAGCUCAAGUUUAGUAACACUGAAGAUGCUGGGAUGCAAGAUUAAAACGAUUGAGGGAAAACUUGGUCACUUACCUAUGUUACUGAGGUUGGUGUUACAGAAUAAUAAAGAUGAGAAAAGAUAGAUAUACUCUUGAUGACAGGAGGAUUCUAUUUGGAUCUGGACGCUAAAUAUAACUAUACUGCUAGAAUGUGAAAUUACUUGUAGUGCCAUUCAUUGAUUUAUAACACAUAUUUA